GAUGAUGUCUACAUCGCCGCUCCUGCUGGCGAUAUCGCUGAGACUAUUUUUGAUAGUGGGGGCUGACAGAAAUUGCAACAAACAUCUUUCUGGUAAAACAAUUUCAUCCGAUGCCAUUGGGGAUAUUGAAAAAAAAGGCUCUUUCAAGAUCUUUACAAAUAAUUUGGAAGAUGAUCCCUACAUACUGUACAAGUUUAGAGAUUCUAUUGCGAUCGCAUCGUCUAAGAAAGGCCAUAUCGUUACUGUUAAUAGGCGCUUGGAUAUAGAUUCACAAUUUUACGCCUUCCUCAAUACACAAAAGAGCAAGGAAUAUUUGUCUAUUGUAAUCUCUUUGUCUUUCAAUGAAUGGUGUAGGUAUGAUAUUUGUGUCAGUUGCAAUGGCAAAGAUCGGAAACCAACUGUAAACGGGGAUAAGCGACCAGACGUUGCUUACUUCAAGUGGUCCAAGGGUAUAGAUUUCGUUGGUCCUCGUUAUAGAACGGAUUAUAGGACUACUGGAAUUAGCGCAGAGUAUGUGAGCGUUGGAAGUCCGAAAAUUGUGUUGAGCUGCUACGACCGAUACCGGGAGAUAAGACUGCGAACUCCAAUAGGACAUCAAAUAGCAUCAAUCGAUGGUAUUAGUUGUUCUGAAGCAUUGAAACGAACAUUCACCAUUAUGGCGCUAAAAACAGACUUAUCUGCUAGGGAGAUUUUUCAUCUCGGUGAAAAAGGAAAGCUUCAUGAUUUUUCUUGGAUGUACAAUAAGGAAGAUUUCACAACGGUUGUGUUUACUACAUUAAAUUCUCCGUCAAAGAACUCUUACUGGAGGAGGAUCCCUAACGAGACUCCUAAUACCUGCCCAUUUCUAAAAGUUCAAGAAAUGGUUUCGGCACAUGAAGAAUACAAAGUUGGUCUGCAUGAAAACACCCUGACAUUAGUGACAGUCUACAGAUUACCGUCUAAUUUGGUUCUGGAAUGCUACAAAGCUUCUAAACAGGAAGAUUCGACAUUUUAUUCGGUGUUCUCCGAUGCAGGAAAAACCCACGCUGUAACUAUUAAAAUGUUUGAUUGUUCGUCAAAAGAUAAUUUUUUCAAAAUAUUAUUUGUUGAAAGAAUCAAAUUUGAUGAAAAUAAUUGGGUGACUGUAGUAGGAAGUCGAAGAUCGGAAAAUGAUGAAUGGUGUUCUUACGGUAUUACACCAAAAAUAAAAAAUUAUGAGACAACAACACCAUUUGAUGCUUGGGUCUACUAUGACUUCAAGCCUAAGGAUGGCCAUUGGAAUGAGAUUUCUGCAGACGCACUUUACACAUCGCUUGAAGUUACAGCCAAAAACAUAAAAACAUCCUAUGAUUUCCUGCCUGAAGCCGAACCAGUUGCAAGAUAUCUAUCAUUAGAGUCGAAAUACACUUUGGAAGAUUACAAGUUUCUGGAAUGCUAUUUAGAAAAUGAACGACGACACGUUGGAGUUAUAAAGUCUUCGAAAAAUAAAGUUAUAGUUUCAAUAACAGGUUUUCCCUGCAAGUCGAAUUCGGACUUGGAUAUAAAAUCGUAUAUACAUUUCGUAUAUAACAAAAGAGAGAGAGAAAAUUACGUUACGAUAGGAAGUCGUGAAACUGCCGAAGACCAUUGGUUCUGCUACAAUAUGUGUUUGGAUUGCCAAACACGGACGAGAAAACACAAGACUUACAUCUUGGGAUGUGAACCCGACAUUGAAAAUAUUGUUAAGUGGUCACAGGCUGCCGUCCCUUGGAAACGAGUUGAUGACACAAGUUUUGAUGAUGAAGACGUCAUUAGUAAUUAUUACUACCAACCACAAGAUUAUAAUAUUAUAAUUAUGCAUCCGUCCAAAACUGGCUUUGUACUCAGAAAUUCGUUUGGAACACAUUUUUCACCCAUAGUUUUAAAAGAUUUGAAUGACAUUAAAAAAGUAUACAUGGGAUUCUUUGAAGGAAAAAAAGAAACAAAGGGAUAUGAUUACAUUGAUUGUGAAAAUAGAUCGUGUAUAGAACAGCUGACGAGAGAUGACAAGAAAAUUUGGCUCUUUUUUUACGAGUUUGGUCAAAGGGCAUCGUACCGUUACUCCUAUUUCGUGAAAUACGAAGACAAGGAAGGUUGUCAGUCUAUAAUAGAUAGAAAGAAAUUAGGAAAAGGCAAAACAUUUGGACACGAGCUAUGUUCUGAUGAGGAUAUCACGACUUACACCACAAACUUCAACCCAGGACUCACAAUGCGUUGUUGCACAAAGGAAAACACAGCUGUUGUUGAAAAUGAUUUCUUGACAUUGAAGGACUUUGAUUGUUCAAGUAAGGUUAACAUAAAGAAUUUACUCAUGUUUACCUCCAGCGCGGAGAAAGUAAACAAGGAACUAAUUUAUGGAGUAAGAAAAGGAGACAAAGUAGUGUGUUGGCACAAUAUGGUCAGAACUAAAGAAAAACUUUAUACUAAUGUUCUCAUCAACUACAAACCUGAGGUUGAUCCACCGCAUCAGUGGUACGAGGAGGAUUCAAACAAUUGCCCUUUCGACACAAAGAAGGACAUACUUUUUAAGAAAGUACCUGAACUCAAGAACACACAAGAAUCGAGCAAUAAGAAAAUAACAUACUUAGCCAUGACGAAAAAAUUCGCAGUAAAGUUAGAAUGCUACGAAGACAAUGACGGAAAGUUUUAUUCUUCAGAAAUCCUACUGAGAGGAGAAGAUUUGGUUUUAUUUUCCGUUGAAGUUAAACGAUUGGAAUGUUCAUCUAAAAGCGAUCUUCAAAAGUUGCACGUGUCUUCAUGGAAAGGACUCUCUGAAGAUUACUUGUCUGUUGGAAUCCAGGUUGGGCCGAGGUGGUGUCGUUACGACGCAUGCGUCACUUGCAAGUCGCAAAACUUCAGACUUAACAUUGACGAAGCUAAGCCAAAGGAGGAAACGAGGUGGUCAGAGCCAGGCUUUACAAUCAUAAGUCAGCCAAUAACAUUCAAACAUGAAAAAGAUUAUUUUGACGGCAAGGAGCUAAAAAAAAAGGACUUCAAAAAAAUGUUUUAUUCAAAUGCGUCCGUAAGAUUUCUGAUUCGUUGCUACAAAAUUGAAAACAGCUACAUUUCUGUAAUUGCCUCUCCUAGCGGAGUCAAAUUUGGGACAAUAACAGGCAUAAAUUGUUUACAAAACCAAUUUUACGAGUAUAAGGUCGUCACUACUAAGGGUAACAAAUGGAUUCUCUCCGAAGACAGAUUAAAAUAUGGGAAUCGUCUGAAAGAACCAUAUUGCUGGUAUUAUGGGUGUGACGAAGAAAAGGACCCAAAUGAGAAUGUCAUGAUAUUCUUUUUCUUUUGGCCCGAAGAAUCAACGGGAUCUUUACAGGACACUAAUGGAGAAAUACAAACAACCACUAAACCUGGAUGGCGUAUCGUAGAGUCUCCGUUCGAGCCUUUACAACCAGAAGACGAAGACAACCCUGCAAAUGACCAAACCCAGAAUCAGGUCUCAGCACUUACACAGACUCAACAACAGUCAUUACAGAAAACUAGACAUCUCCAGAACAUUGACAUAGAAGGCAAGAAUAUUAUAAAGCGUGAGGAAAUAAUACUGGAAGACAUUACCAGUACAGGAUCAUGGGUUCUGGUAGCAAAGUACCGACAGAAAUACGAUCCUGGAUUUGUACUACUUUGCCAACAAUCAGCGGACAACAAAUACUACUCUAGUGUUUUCAGUGGCGAAGUUCACGUUCUUACAAUAGCAAAUCACGAUUGCUCACCCAAGAGAGAUUCUGGAUUUUUGAUAAUUGUUUCAAUCGAUGAAAGAGACAAAACAAGUGGGAAAGAGUUUGUCUUUGUAAAAUCGUCAGCCAAUGCCAUGUUUAGCAUUUGUAGAAAAUGUAAGUCAGUUGAAUAUCUUCCUGCUUAUCAAGCCUGGAAACGUUCAUCUUGGUAUCAGGAGCCUAUAAUGGAAGGAUGCACACUGAAAAAAACCCAUAUACUCAGAGGGGACCAAGUGUUACCAGUAGGCCUACUGAAAGGUAAACUAGUCGCCAGAUACAUCAGUGACGACGGACUCUACAAUCUCAAUUGCUAUGAACGUAACAACAAUGAACACGUAUUGGACAUCAGGAGAAUAUUAGGAGAAACAUCAGCCAUUCAAAUCACAGGAUUAGAUUGUUCUACGGACGUGAAUUCAGUAUUUUAUUUCGCAUCCAGUUAUGGCAGUUAUACUGUAGGAGUGCCCUUAGCGGAGUCCCCCCAAAACGGCAGAAAUUUCAAACUGAAAACCCCUUGGUGUAUCUACAAUGCCUGGUCCCCCACCUUAGCUGAAUUAACCACAAUCGAACCGAAAAUCUAUAAUGAAGCCCUGACAAAUAUUAAAUGGAUCAAGGUGUCAUUAGAUUUUAACUUGCUGGUGAAACAGAAAGAUAUACUUUUGGAAGAACAUGAGAUAACUGUAGAAGAGAGUGAUCUUAAAGCCGUAUACCUAAGUAAAUAUGCUGACUAUGGACGGAGUAACCAUUACACCUUGUUGUGUUACAAAAGUGGACUUUCGGAACAUAUAUCUGUCAUCAAACAACUUGGAUCCUUCAAACUAGCUGUUAAAGGACUGAACUGUUUGUCCCUAUCAAGCUUACAAUCAGUUUUCUUCUUAUCACUUGACAACAUGAAAAUGACUGUAGGGUUCAUUCGGCUAUAUAGCCCCAAGAAACAAAUCUGGUGUCAGUAUGACGUAAAUUUAAGUGGGACUAAAACUGUCACUCCAGCUGGUCCGCAACAAAUUGAUAAAGUGGUUUGGUUGGAUUCUCCGUUCGAGCCUUUACAACCAGAAGACGAAGACAACCCUGCAAAUGACCAAACCCAGAAUCAGGUCUCAGCACUUACAACACAGACACAACGACAGUCAUUACAGCCAACUAAGUCUACCCAAAAUAGAGAGACCAAAAACAAAGACGACGAAGUUGUUACAGCGAGUGGUAUCACUACAGAAGACAACACCAGGUCGAUGGUUUUGGUUGCAAAGUACAAACAAGAGAAGUAUACAGUACUGACACUACUUUGCCUACGAUCAGAACAAAACGAAUACUACCUUAGUUUGUUCGACAACGACAAUCACAUUUUGACUGUAAAUUACGAUUGCUCCGGGGUUUCAAUUUAUUUAUCACCAUCUGAUUCAUUGACGAUUGCUGUUGAUAAAAAUGAUGAAACAAAUGGCAAAGAAUUUGUCUUCAUAUGGGUUCGUAAUAAAUGGUUUAGCGUCUGUAGAGUUUGUAAGUCAGUUACUCAUCUGUCCCUUUACAACAACGGGAAACCUCUUGAAUGGAAAAAGGAGCUUAUAAUAGAAGGAUGCCCUCUGAAAGCUGAUGAUAUAUACGUAGAAGAAAACAAGUUAGCAGUACAGAAAGAUAAACUAGUCGCCAGAUACAUCAGUGAGCCAAAUGGCUAUAAUAUAUAUUGCUAUAAAAGUGAAGGAAAGGAACAUAUAUUGGUCAUAAGACAAUCAAACCGAUUUAUAAUAUCUAUUAAAGGAUUAGAUUGUUCGUAUUCUAAGGAUGUGAAUUCCAUGUUUCUUUUCGAACAUCCAUACCCGAAUGUGAUGAGGGUAUAUGCAACCUUACCGGAGUCCCGUCAAAACGGCAGACUUUUGAAACUGGAACAUCCUUGGUGUGUCUACAAAGUCUAUGUACCCAACGUCAUCGCACCGGAAUACUAUGACAAACUCCGAGAGUCUAUUAAAUGGAUUGAGGAGAGAGAAUGCCGUGCAAUAAAAUCAAGAGACAUAUCUAGAUUGGAAGGAAUAUCUACCGGUAGAGUAAAAGCUACAUAUUACAACGGAAGAUCGAAUCCUUUUCAACUGAGCUGUUAUGAAAACGCGUUAAAGAAACCACACGCUAUCCUCAGUAUAAACAGUUACGAAAUUAAAAUCGAUUUGGACUGUGCAUCGGUCAACAAAAUAGAUGACAUGUUUCUUGCUGACGAAGAUAAAGGCUCCGGUGACAUCAUUAUUGGAAGUAGACCAUCCCCCACUUCAUCUUGGUGUUACUAUGCAAUUCCACGUGAAAAAGAUAAAGACAUUAAACUAGAAGGCGAACGAGAUCCAAGCGUCUUGCUCUCUCGAUGGUACAUGGGUUCUCAAGCAGAGUGUCCCAGCGUUUCACGGGCCAACAUAAUUACAAGCUCUCUAAAAGUAGAAACAAUUAGUAAAACCCUUGUAUCUACAUACUCAGUUGAUGUCAAGAAAGAAAAGGAGGAAGAACUACAAACGUUUAUACUUCAAUGCUAUCGUAAAAAUGAUAAAGACGCCAAAUACAUAUUGACGAUAGCAGAACGGAAAGAAAGUAAUGCCGAAAAUCGAUACCGUGAAAAACUGCCUUUUGAGGAUAACAUUGUAUUUUUAGCCGCAUUCGAUGAUUUCGACUGCGCUCCUGAAUCUAAUCGCCCUUUACAUGAAAAAGUGUACAUGUUCACAUUCAAAGACGGGUCAGAGAACAUUUUGUCUUUUAGAAGUAGAGUUGACACUGUCAAGUGGUGCCAGUACGAUAUUUGUGUAGAGAAGUGUCAGGACUCGGACCAGGUAUUCUUGAAAUAUGCUGCCAACCCAGGAGGGUUUGAAUCAAUCAAGGAAGGGGUCUUGCUGGAUAAAAACCCUUCAUUCAAGGAUCAAAGAUUAGUUGAGGACGACUCAAGCUUUGAAGAAAAGAAAUUUGAAGUUAAAAGAUACUUUAAAAAACAUUCCAAAACGUCAGUAAUACAAUACAUCAUCCUUGAAUGCUACAAAAUUAGUGAUCCAAAAUCAUCAAGAGGAGUUACAACUUUCUUCGGGGUAAUUAAAACCACGCAAGGACUUAUUUUGGCAAAAGUAAAAGCCUUAAACUGUUUUGAUGAUUCAAAUAUAUUUAAAAUCGUUUUGAGUUAUGUUAUGAUAAAGAAAGGUGAUGGAAGCGGAGCGUCUCUUGAUCUGGACUUCACAACCCCACCAGAACUUGGCCAAGAGUCUUGGUUCUACGGAAGUGCAACUGCAGAUACUGAAGUUAUUUUGUUCAUGGAAAAGUCAAAAAGUCCUCAUUAUAAUUUAUGGAGCAUGAUUCGCGAUGGCGAUGAUACAUGUCCUACAAUUCAUUAUACAAAUGAACGAGAUAUUGGAACUCUCCUACCAGAACAUGAAUUGGUUGCAGAAUAUGAAUUUACGCCUGAUCCAAACAGUGGCCUCACUAAAAAGCUUACACUAAAAUGCUACGAAAAGUCCAUUAUGAGACCUAAUGAAAAAGAUCAAACGGAGCGUCAGUUUUAUUUGCAAGUUCUUAAAGAAGACACGUCCUCCUUAGGCAUCAUACAGAAUGUUCGUCGAUGCGAUUCUCUAAGCACACUUCGUGAUUUUAACGUGAAAGAACACAAUGAACACGACGUUAAAUUGAUUAUUUUUACGGUCAGAAUCACAUGUCCUGCUACAUUCUACUCUUUGAUAUCUUGUGAAAAUUGUGAGGUGAAAAACUGGAAAUAUUACGAUUGGGGAAAUUCCUACAGUAAAAGCGAUCAAUGGAAAAUGCUACCCACCGCAUUUUGUAAAGAAUUCCAAGAAAAAAACAUACAUUUGGAUGACCAAGUCAGAGAUGGUGUAAGAAAACACAACUCACUAAUAAAUUAUAGUAAGGAGAAUGAAAGCACGUUCUUGAUGACUUGCUUUAAGAUUGCUGAUGGUAAAUUUACUACACGUGUACAAAAAGUGGAUGGAACGCACGUUGUUUCGAUAACCUCUAUUGACUGCUCGUCACCCGAAACGUUCAAUGAAUACAAUCUGUCUGAGAAAACAAAAAGGAUGUAUACUUAUGUUCAGAAAAAUGGUGGGAAAACAUAUUUCACUUUCAUAACUCAAGACGAAAAAUUUACUCAAACGGAAAAUUGGUGCCGUUAUGACGUUUGUGUUGAGUGUCAAAGUAAAGAGAUUAUUAGCAUGGUAGACACCAAAUCUGCCUAUUAUGGCGGGAGGAUGAAGUGGCAGAAUGGAAUAGACGUGUCCUCGGACCCCAAAACUGAAAACCGGGAUUUGUCUGAAGGAAAACUGUUUUCGAAGCAUGUUAACAUUGAGAAUAAUGAUUACAGUAUGGAAUGUUAUGAGGUAUAUUGGGAAAGGUAUGAGGGAAAGUCAUCAUUUGAGACAAUCGUAAAGGGGCCAAAUGGAUACCUCUUCAGUGUUAAAAGAUUUGCAUGCGAUUUAGUCGUGAAAGUGGUGUAUUUACAUACCAAAUAUAACGACCGUUCGUACAGCCUAGUCAGACUAAACCAAAAACAGAAAAUAACUGAAGAAAUGAAAACCGCACAGGAGAAGACAGUCUUCAUAUUUGACGAGGAGUUGAUGAGCAAUGAGCUGGAGUGGAAGCUGGUUUCCAAUUUAAGGUUGUCAAUGUUGAAUUUCAUGGACUUUACUGGAGCGAAGAUUGGUAGGAAAUGAAGGCCUUAAACUAACCGACUUACUGAUCCCUAGGGCAAAAGAUAGUGGUCAAAAACAAUCCAACUGUAAUGCAGACAAUAUAAUGCAAAUGAUAAUAA